AUGGUGAACGUGCCAAAGACGAAGAAGACGUACUGCGGCGGCAAGUGCAAGAAGCACACCACCCACAAGGUUACCCAGUACAAGAAGGGCAAGGACAGCGUCUACGCUCAAGGAAAGAGGCGUUACGACAGGAAGCAGAGCGGAUAUGGUGGACAGACCAAGCCCGUCUUCCACAAGAAGGCCAAGACGACGAAGAAGAUCGUGCUGAGGCUGCAGUGCCAGUCGUGCAAGCACAUGCACCAGACGCCCAUCAAGCGUUGCAAGCACUUCGAGAUUGGCGGAGACAAGAAGGGCAAGUCCACCUCCCUGUUCUAA